AUGGGCACCGGAAAGAAAGAGGCGAGCCGCCGCCAGCGGCAGGGCAAGACGGGAGAUGGCAUGGCCAACGUCAAGGUGAAGGGCGAGUCCUUCUACCGCGAUGCCAAGCGCGUCAAGCAGUUGAACAUGUUCAAGGAGGGCAAGGCGCAGCGUAACAAGGACGGCAAGAUCAUUCAGGCGGCCUCGUACCAGUCUCGAGAUGUGCCGACGGCGGUCAUUGAGCCAAACAGGAAAUGGUUUGGCAACACCAGAGUCAUCAGCCAGGACAGUCUAAAAUCUUUCCGAGAGGCAAUGGCGGAGCGUGCAAACGACCCGUACCAAGUCCUUCUGAAGUCGAACAAACUGCCCAUGUCCCUGAUCAGAGACGGCUCGGAAACAAACGGACUGAAGAAGCACAGGGCGAAGAUGACCCUGGAGAGCAGCCCGUACUCCGAGAUCUUUGGCUCCAAGUCGACGAGGAAGCGCGUCAAGCUGGAUGUCAGCAGUCUGGCUGACUUGGCCGAUGGUGCUGAGAAGGACCUGGACACAUACAAAGACCGUCUGGAACAGCAGAGGUUACUCAGCGGCAACGCUGGUCCCGAGGAUGGUCCCAUAGACCAUGCUGCUGAGGAGGAUACUGCCAUCAACGCUGCGAUAGAGCCUAUUUUCACCAAGGGCCAAAGCAAACGCAUCUGGAACGAGUUGUAUCGGACCAUUGAUUCUAGCGACGUUCUCAUACAUGUCUUGGAUGCUCGAGAUCCUCUGGGCACGAGGUGUCGCAGUGUCGAAAAGUACCUCAAAGAAGAGGCGCCGCACAAGCACUUGAUCUUCUUAUUGAACAAGUGUGAUUUGGUGCCCACGUCUGUUGCUGCAAAAUGGGUCAAGAUUCUUCAGAAGGAAGUUCCCACAGCGGCGUUCCGAGCAAGCGUUACUCAGCCGUUCGGCAAGGGUUCCGUCAUUGGUCUGCUCCGGCAGUUCUCGUCACUGCAUUCCGACAGGAAGCAGAUCUCUGUUGGUCUAGUCGGCUACCCCAACGUUGGCAAGAGCUCAGUCAUCAAUGCGUUGAGGGGCAAGGCCAGCGUUAAGGUGGCGCCCAUUCCUGGCGAGACCAAAGUCUGGCAGUAUGUCACGCUGAUGAAGCGAAUCUUCCUGAUUGACUGUCCUGGAAUCGUGCCCCCGGAUCAGCAGGCCUCCCCCGAGAUUCUUAUCCUGAGAGGUACUGUGAGGACGGAGAAGGUUGAGAAUCCUGCGCAAUACAUCCCUGCUGUGCUCAAGAAGGUCAAGCCGCAACAUCUCAAGCGUACCUACGACCUUGACUACAGCGACAUUGGCGAUCACAUUCGUUUCCUCGAAGCUCUGGCGAGGAAAAGCGGCAGGCUUCUCAAGGGUGGAGAGCCGGAUGUCGAUGGCGUGGCAAGGAUCAUCCUAAAUGACUUCAUGAGGGGCAAGAUCCCAUGGUUCACGCCGCCACCUCAGGUCCAGGUCGACGAGACGGAAAAUUCAGAUCGCACUGGCCGGCUUGGCGAAAUGAAGAAGAGGAAGCGAGAUGACGCCGAGAGCGUUGCCGACACUUCCGUGGGCGCCACGAUACCCACCGCGAUGAAAAGCAAACCGGAGGAAGCGGAAGACGAUAACAGCGACUUUGAAGGGUUUGGCAGUGACAGUGACCCGGGUGAGAUGGGCAGCUCCGAUGAGGAUGAAGACAGUGUGGAGUCGACAGUCGGCACCGAGGAUGUCAUCCUGCUUGAGAGCUCAGAUGACGAUGCCUCCGAAGUCGACGAAGAAGAGGGGGAAAACGAGCCCUCGGAAGAGGAAGUAGAGGUGCCGCAGAAAAAGGCCAAGAGGUCAAUAUCCUCGGGGUCGAGGAAACGAUAG